GCCCGCGGCCCGGGCAGUUGGCUCGGCGGCAGCGGAGCAGUAGGUGCCUUGACGCUGAGCGGGGCCGCGCGGCGUGGGGCUAGGGACGCUGAGGCGCGGCGGCGGCAGGAGCAACAUGGCGCCGGGCAGCGGGGGUGGGGGUCUGGGCCCGGGCCCGGCGGGAGGACUGGCCCGUGGGCGCCUCCUCUUGGCGGCGCUGGGGCUGCUGCUGCUGCUUUGGUUCCCGGGCACUUGGGGCGAACUCCAGCCCAAGAUCUUGGGCAUGAGGCUGAUGAGAUGCAACAAGUCGUGCGGGUUCAACGCCGAUGGCAUCCUCAUAGUUUCCGAGGGCAGCGAAGUGCAGCUGAGGCUGUAUGGCCUCAACCUGGACCGCCUCUACAAUGGCUUCCUCACUUUCACUGAACUGGAGAGCUUGCAGGAGGUCCAACAAGCCGCCUUCUGCAACGGAAUCACUAGAGACCUGAUAGUUCACAACUUGGUCAACCUGAGCAGAGACAACUCCAACGGGAUGCUGGUGGUGGAAACCAAGUACCUAAGGAGGAGCGAAAAGUCAAGGCUUUAUGGCCUGUGCACCUGGACUGACGGGCACUGGCACAGGUGGCCAGGGAAGGACUCCUUGCUUUUCCUCAUGGAAGAGGAGCACAUGUUCCUGCCCAUGUGGCUGCACAUUUCAGUGGUCUUGGGGCUGCUGACACUGUCUGGAAUCUUCUCUGGUCUCAAUCUAGGUCUCAUGGCCUUGGAUCCCAUGGAGCUAAGGAUCAUACAAAAUUGUGGGAAAGAGAAAGAGAAAAAGUAUGCCGAAAAGAUUGAGCCCAUCCGAAGGAAGGGGAACUACCUUCUCUGUUCUCUGCUCCUGGGCAACGUGGGGGUCAAUACUUCCCUCACUAUCCUUCUAGAUAGCCUAUUGGGAUCUGGCUUGAUUACUGUCAUUUCCUCCACUAUUGGCAUAGUAAUCUUUGGUGAGAUUCUACCCCAGGCAUUAUGUUCCCGGCAUGGCCUGGCUGUGGGGGCCAGCACAAUCAAACUCACUAAAUUAUUUAUGCUGCUCACCUUCCCCUUAAGUUAUCCCAUCAGCAAGAUGUUGGAUAAAAUUCUUGGUCAGGAGAUUGGUACCAUCUACAAUAGAGAAAAGCUGAUAGAGAUGCUGCGAUUGACAGAACCUUAUAAUGAUCUGGUGAAGGAGGAGCUCAAUAUGAUCCAAGGUGCCCUGGAACUAAGGACCAAAACAGUGGAGGAUAUCAUGACCCAACUCCAGGACUGUUUCAUGAUCAGAAACGAUGCCAUCCUGGACUUUAACACUAUGACAGAGAUUAUGGAAAGUGGGUAUACACGCAUCCCAGUGUUUGAAGAUGAGCAUUCCAAUAUUGUAGAUAUCCUCUAUGUCAAGGACCUGGCCUUUGUGGACCCAGAUGACUGCACCCCUCUGAAAACCAUCACCCGCUUCUAUAACCAUCCGGUUCACUUUGUCUUUUAUGACACCAAACUGGACUCCAUGCUAGAGGAGUUCAAGAAGGGGAAGUCACAUCUGGCCAUUGUGCAGAAGGUGAACAGCGAGGGGGAGGGUGACCCUUUUUAUGAAGUCAUAGGAUUGGUGACUCUGGAGGAUGUCAUUGAGGAGAUCAUCAAAUCAGAGAUCCUGGACGAGUCGGAUAUGUACACUGACAACCGGAGCCGGAAACGUGUAAGCCAUGCCAGGAACAAGCGAGAUUUCUCAGCUUUCAAGGAUGCUGACAAUGAGCUGAUAGUGAAAAUCUCACCUCAGCUGCUACUGGCUGCACAUCGAUUCCUAUUGACUGAGUUGCCCCAAUUCUCUUCCUCAAUAAUAUCUGAGAAAAUUCUCCUUCGUAUGCUAAAGUACCCUGGUGUCAUUCAAAACCUGAAGCUUGAUGAAAAACGUAGACGUUCUGCCCGGAAUUAUCUCUAUAUGCGAAACAAAGUUACUGACUACUUUGUCCUCAUAUUACAGGGAAAGGUAGAAGUGGAAGCUGGGAAGGAGAACAUGAAGUUUGAGACAGGCCCAUUCUCCUACUAUGGGACCAUGGCACUUACUUCUCCUCAUCUCUCAGGUGGAGAAACCAUCAAGGGAAUCUAUUCUGGAUCUGAUUCAGAUGAUCAAGAAAGAACUGCUUUCUUGGGUGGAAAUGAUGGGAACCUUGUGGAUCGUGCCAUAGCAUCCUACCCGUCUAGCCUCAGCCGUUCAACUUCCCUCAACUACCCAGAUCGCACGGAUGGCUACUUUUUUCCACAACCCACUACUUCCACCUUCAUCAACCAGUACGUGUCGGACUUCAGUGUCCGGGCUCUCACAGAUCUGCAGUAUAUCAAGAUCACCCGGCAGCAGUACCAGAAUGGGUUGAUGGCCUCAAAAAUGGAUACCUCCCAGGUCCAUACUUCCACAGACAACCUGAAUCCUGAUCCCCCUCAAGAUCAGCGUAUGGCCAAUGAGAACACAAACCUCAAUGAUCAGAAAUACUCAAAUAAGUUCACCCAGAACAAACCUAUGUGACAGGGGGGCCCGGGGCCCCCUGCCAAUCCCUUGGGGGCCUUCCUAGUGGGCCCACAUCCACAGAGGGAGCAGAGCAGACAGGGGAGCUUGGCUCUGGCCACCCCCUUGAUAACCUGUCUAGCUCUCUAAGCAGAUGUUCCCUAGCCUGUCUAGGCAGGGAGGAGACCUCCCCACCACAGGGGGAGCCCUACCAGAGCUUCCAGGGAUUGCCUGGGUAGUACUGCCCAGGGGCAGAUCCAGGGAGCAGUUGGGAAGGGGUGGGGAUUUUUUUUUUAACUGAGGAUUUCUAAAGAAAGCACGCUGCUGUUCUUUCUAAAAUUCAUAUUGGGGGGGUUAGGGGCUUUUAUUAUUUUUUUUAAAGAAAAUUUUGGGGGUCCUUCCUCAUCUGAGGUUUCUUCCCCAGGAAGCAAUAUCCACAGUCCUAUGCCCUCUAGUCUUGAGCUUCUAGCUUAUUUUCCCUGACUUUGGGAUCUCCAGACCCCAGCUACCUCCUCUCUAGGCCUUCCUCCACAGAUCCCAUCCUUAAGGGCCUUUGAGAGGAUGGGGUCAUACCCUGUUCAUUAGGCAAGGAGCCUAAGAUGUUUAGACAGAAUUACCUCAGCAUGUGCCUGAUGGAUUAUUCCUGAGAACUGGGGAAGAUUAGUGCUUCUGACUGCCCAAGAUUCAGCGUCUAAAAGCCUUUGAUCAAGGAUGAAAUAAAUGGAGCCAGGAUGGGGUGCUUCCAUAAAGUUAGGGGCUUGAAUCCUCCAGAAUCCAGAACUCCUUGAGCUGUGUAAAACUUUUCUAUUGCAUUUGGUGAGCUGGGCUGGAAUUUUUUCAUUCCGUUCGAUAACAUGGCAUCUCCCUCAUACCUUCCCCUCUUACGAAGAGAAUUGAAAAUGUUAGGGUCCAGAGUCAUUAACAUCAGACUCUGCCCUGACUUGAACCAAAGACCAGGCUAAAUGGGAAGAACGUCUGAACUGAAGGAUGCCUGUCUGGGAAUAACCCCUUCAGGAGUGAGAUUGUUUAGGGACAUUUGUGUUGCGGAUAACGAGUUCUUGCGGAGCCAAGUCAAAGACUGGCUUCUGACCUGGGAGGAGCCAUCCCAGAUUACAUUAUUCCCUAGUUUCAGUCCAGGUUUCACUUUCUGCCAAGACAAAUACCCCCUCCCUCCCCUUCCAAGUGUUGGAUAUGAGAACUGUAAGGUAGAUGAGGUCCUCUUGUCCCUUAACACUAGAGCACAAGGCAGGAUGUUCUUCCAUGCUUGCCAGCUUCACUUCCAUGGGGGGGAGGGAAUUGAUCCAUCCACAAAGUAUACAGAUCCCUGUCCUGUCUGGGUAGUCUUAUUCUCAAGACAGCCAUCCUGGAUUCUCUGGAUAUCUAUAAUGGUACUAUGGUCCUGGAAGCUCAAAUCUUUCCCAGAGGCUCUCUGCAGUUCUCUUUUUGGCCCCAUCCUAGACCUUUAGAUCUCCUUAUUAGGGAUGCAUUGGGACCAAGUCAUGCAUUGCCUGUUGUGCUGGCAAAAAGAAGAGCUGGUGCUGAAGCCAUCUAGAGAACAGAAACUUUUUUGGAGGUGUUAUUUAUUUAUUCUUUUUCCCAAAGAACAUACAUACCAGAGUGUCCUACCUUCAGGUGAUUUGUUCUCCAGAUGCCUAAAGAAUCCUGGUCUUUUGGAACAUCUUGUGUCAAGAAUGCCUAUCUUCUUUUUGGCCAUCUCAAAACAAAAGGGGGAUGGUUUGAUUUUCCCUAGUUUGUAUCAAUCACUUUUCCUACUAGAAUAAAUGAUCUUCAUGGAUUGUCAGUUAUAAGGGCCAUUUUUGGAACAUUCUACUUUAAUUCUCCAGGAAUAACUGUGACUACUCUUAGCCUGGAGGUGACAAGGUUUGAAUUCUUUCAAGACUUGUUGGAGUACAAAGGAAUCGUAUGGUAUAGUCAGGGUAAGCAAAGUUCAUUGGUUUGAACCAAAUGGAUGUGUGUUCCAUAAAAUGAGGCAGGUCACACACACUUCCACACCUACCUCUUUUUAAACUUAUGGUUACUGCCAACAGAUGCUCUUUUCUUCCAAUUUCUGGAUAACAUAUAUUCCUGCUAAGGGUCAGGCAGCAUUCCCAAAUGUUUCUGGUCCAAAGACUUCCUCCUUUCAGCGAGGGAGAAGGAACUUUGCAACUUCCCAAGACCUGGCCUCACUUUUCCUCUUAUGUGUUUUAUUUCUGGGCCUGAAUUACAUAUUGGAAUUGUCCUAUCUCUGCUUCUUCCCACAAACCGAAAGCAACCUUUGUAGACAGCAUUCAAAUGCACUAGGCAGGUCAUAUCCAACAUUGCAAAUAACUUUAUUUUGUGCAAGAUUUUAAUUUGUAUAUUUUUGUGAUUUUUUUUUUGCGCCAUUGUUGUAAGUUUGACUCUUGGGGAGUUUUGCUGUUUCAUUUGAGUCUGUCUUUUGUCAUAAAUCUGAUAAUAUUUGCUAAACAAGAUAUGGAAUUUAUUUUUGAUUGGUAAUAAAAAUGAAAUGUCUGUAUAA